CAGCAGCCUCCGCCGCCGCCGCCGCAGCCGCCGCAGCAGCAGCAGCCGCCGCCCCAGGCCCCCCCCAUGGAGCCCGAGGCCCCGGAUUCCCGCAAGAGGCCCCUCGAAACGCCCCCCGAGGUGGUCUGCACCAAGCGCAGCAACACGGGAGAGGAAGGUGAAUACUUCCUGAAGGUGCUGAUCCCCAGCUACGCAGCAGGCUCCAUCAUUGGCAAGGGCGGGCAGACCAUCGUGCAGCUCCAGAAGGAGACAGGAGCCACCAUCAAGCUCUCCAAGUCCAAAGACUUCUAUCCGGGAACCACAGAGCGCGUAUGCCUGGUACAGGGCACAGCAGAGGCCUUGAAUGCUGUGCACAGCUUUAUUGCUGAGAAGGUUCGAGAAAUCCCACAAGCGAUGACCAAACCUGAGGUGGUCAACAUCCUUCAACCCCAAACCACGAUGAACCCCGACAGAGCCAAGCAGGCCAAGCUGAUCGUCCCCAACAGCACGGCGGGCCUGAUCAUCGGGAAGGGGGGCGCAACAGUGAAAGCGGUGAUGGAACAGUCAGGUGCCUGGGUGCAGCUGUCCCAGAAGCCAGAGGGCAUCAAUCUGCAGGAGCGCGUUGUGACAGUCAGCGGCGAACCCGAGCAGGUGCACAAGGCCGUGAGCGCCAUCGUGCAGAAGGUACAGGAAGACCCCCAGAGCAGCAGCUGCCUGAACAUCAGCUACGCCAACGUGGCUGGCCCCGUGGCCAACUCCAACCCCACCGGCUCGCCGUACGCCAGCCCCGCCGAUGUGUUGCCUGCGGCGGCCGCUGCUUCGGCCGCUGCUGCCUCCGGCCUGCUGGGCCCCGCGGGGUUGGCGGGCGUGGGCGCCUUUCCUGCCGCCCUGCCUGCUUUCUCGGGCACCGACCUGCUGGCCAUCAGCACGGCGCUUAACACGCUGGCCAGUUACGGCUACAACACCAACUCCCUCGGCCUGGGCCUCAACUCGGCGGCAGCCUCCGGGGUCCUGGCCGCCGUGGCCGCUGGUGCCAACCCUGCCGCCGCUGCCGCUGCCAACCUCCUGGCAUCCUACGCGGGUGAGGCAGGGGCCGGGCCAGCCGGAGGGGCCGCCCCACCUCCACCCCCGCCACCCGGAGCCCUGGGGUCCUUUGCAUUGGCUGCAGCCGCCAACGGCUACCUUGGGGCCGGGGCGGGUGGUGGGGCAGGUGGAGGAAGUGGCCCACUUGUGGCCGCUGCAGCCGCGGCAGGAGCGGCUGGGGGCUUCCUGACCGCCGAGAAGUUGGCAGCCGAGAGUGCCAAGGAGCUGGUGGAGAUUGCGGUGCCUGAGAACCUGGUGGGAGCCAUCCUGGGCAAGGGGGGCAAGACGUUGGUGGAGUACCAGGAGCUGACAGGUGCCCGUAUCCAGAUCUCCAAGAAGGGCGAGUUCCUGCCAGGCACGCGGAACCGGCGGGUCACCAUCACAGGCAGCCCCGCGGCCACGCAAGCCGCUCAAUACCUCAUCAGCCAGCGGGUCACCUACGAGCAGGGGGUGAGGGCCUCAAACCCCCAGAAAGUGGGAUGAGGCCUGUGGUGUGUGCUCCCACCCUUCUCCCUGUCCCUCCUUCUCCUCUUCCUCCUCUCCUCCUCCCCCCCAAACUCUUGACCUCAGCUCGGUGUAGUCCUGCUCCUCAUGGGAUUGGGGCUGGGGUAGGUCUGACUGCACCCCCCUCCCUUCUGGUAGUCAUAGGCAGGAUUGAGUGAUGGCUGGGGAUGGGGCCCAGAAGCUCCCUCCCCAGCCCUGAACUGACCCCUCCUUCCUUCCUCCCUAUGCUUGACUGGGCCUGACUCUCCUCUCCCAGGGCCCAGGUCUGUGUGAUAUCUGUAUAUAUUGCAUUUUGUUGAUUUUAAUAGAAAACAAAGCGUUAUUUUCUCUUUCUUUCCCUCCUUUUUUUUUUUUUUCCGGUAAGGAUUUUUUUCCCCCUUUAUAAGUUUUUGUUUCCAUAUGGGAGGAGGGGAGGGAGCCUCUGGGUCACCUAGAAUGAGGGGCCUCCCCAAAACAACACCCCACCUCUCCUGCUUCAGUUCCAGAUGGAGGGAAGUAGAGGUAGCAGAGGCGCCUGAGCUGAAAUGGGGCGUUUUGAGCAGGGACCCCAGAGUUCCCAGAUUUUCUCAGCUACUCUGCCCCCACUGGAGUUACCCCUUCUAGGUGGGACUUUUAACUCUUUUGUUGUCAGAUUGUAUGGGGGGUGGGGGGGAGUACUAUGCUGGUGGAAAUGAGCCAGUCUCAUGAACAAAACUCUUGAGAAAGGCUGGAGCAACCGCCUGUGGCAUCUCCUAUGGCUUUUCCUAAAGUAACGGGAAUGAAGGUCCCUGUUGUGAUGUCAUUGAGUUAAGUACUUUCUGGGGUGCUUCCGGCACUCCUUAUGGUAUCACAGGAGGUAGUUCCCCAGAGGUACUUCCUGUGAUGAUAGGAGACAGGUACUUCCUGUGAUGUCUCAAUGAGCCUUCUUUGAAGGUGACUUCAGUGACAUCAUGGGGGCGUGUACCUCCUAUGGUGCCUCCAGGGUACUUCUUGUGAUGUCGUUGAGGUGAAGCAUGCACUUCCUGUAUUGGGCCAUGGCCAGUUAUUGACCCUCCUUCUCCACCCAUAGCCCUCUUUGGUGGGUCUUGGCCUGGGGGUCUUCCUAGGAGAAUAAAGGGAGGGACUUGGAUCUAAUCGGAAAGACUAUAAGGAAAAAGACCCAAUAUUGUCAGGGUCAUCUCCAUCCAAAACACCAAGUCUGUGAACUCACCUGGCAGCGAGGGGUGGGAGGGGAGCUAGUGCAAACUACUGUGAAAGACCCCCAUCCCCACCUCCGCCUUUUGUGUGCAUGCUUGUGUCUGCGUGGCUUUGUUUCAUUGAGUCUGGUGAGCCCAGUGUGUCGUGGCUCUGUCAGGCCAGCGUGGCCCAGUGUCGAGUUCAGUGAGCCACGGUGGGGUCCCUUGGCCAGAAUGCUUUGUGUGGUCUAAUGGAUUAGAUUGGCUUGUGGUUUCCAGCGAGCUGGAGCACUUGGGUGGUAUCUAAUGGAUCAGAAUGUUUCGGUGCUCUCACUGUGGGCUCUGAGGAGCUAGAAUGUUCUGAUGGAGUCUGGCAAACCGGGCAGCCCUGAAUGUUGGUCUGGGAGUGGCUCCCUGAGCAUUUCACCUGUGGUCAGCUCCAAGACCUUGUUGGCAGGCUGAGAUUUCAGGGCCUGACCACCCUGUGGACUCAGGAGAGCUGAGACCCGCUUUUACCCCCAUUCAUCUCCCCCUCCCCCUUGGAGACCACCUCCAACCCAAAGCAGGGCCCCCAGUGCCCUGGUUCCAUCAUCAGCAUCUCUGGGGGAGGGGCACCCCAUGCCCAACCUCUCCCCCAUUUGUCCCCUCCUAGGUCUUCCAGACCCUUCUCUUCUCCAUGGCUUUGGGGAAAUCUGGCCUCCUCAUCUCUCUCUCUCUAAAAAAAAAGAGGGGAGAAAAGCCAGAGACAAUUCCCACUCCUGAAGCCUGGGAGACCCUUGCUGCUCCACUAGAGAGCCACCCCCCAAUCAAAAUGUGAAAAUCCCUAGAAAGCAAUAGCCUUCAAGGUACCUUGCACUGACUUUCCCACCCCAACCCUUCCACCUGAUGGGAGGCUGUAGCUUGGGCACUAGGGUAACUUUCCAUGCCCUCUUCAUCUCCGGGGUGGGGGGAGGGCAGGCCCCAUUUCCCCUCCCCCACCUCCUAUCGCUGCUGCCCCGCCCACCCCUAAUCUCCAGCCUGAACCCAGAUGGAGAUCUGAGUGCCAAAACAAUUCUUGAUGUAACUUUGUACAUAUCUUCUACAGUUGGGGAUUCCUGGGGCUGGAGGUGGAGGUGGCCCUGUGGGCCACUGCCCUCUUCCACCUCUCAAAAGACCUUACAGUAUUUCACAGUAUCUCCACCCACACAGGGGUAUUGCAGUAUCUAGCUGGAAUAUCCCCCCUAUAAGCCCCUCCCCAGACCCCCACCAGGAGGGGAAGGAGCCAAGGAUUAGUAAAGUAAGGUCUGGGAGUGGGGAGGUGGGAUUUGAAAGUGUUCAUUUGCAUAUCAUUUGCAUCAGCUGCCCUCUGCUUGUCAGAUGCUUUCUGUAGACCUGUUCAUUGGACUGCAGUACUCCUUUCACACAGACACAACUCUGGAGGCUGGGCCUCCAGAAAAGUGUUCCCUUGAGGUAUCUGUGUGACAACCCCUUCCCUAUUCACAUGUCUUGGGGACCCCCUACCCCGCCAGCCAGGGCUAUCUGAAAGGUAGUUUGCUAGCUCAGUGAGCUAGUUCACUCACCACACUGGUGAGUGCAGACCCACCCACCUUUCCUUGUUUUACCCUGGGAAACUCACUCUACCAUCUUCCCCAUCCCUUGAAAGUCCCUUCUGCAAUCUGACCUCAAUCUUUUGUGCUGCAGUUUGUCCAGAAGGGAUGCAGACAGGGGGUCAGGGAUGGGGAUCACUGAAAAACCCAUUGUGUCUUUCUCCCUCUUCCUGUUAGCCAGUCAGGUCUCAGAGACUCUGAGUGGCCUCCAUGCACCCUGCUCUUCAGCACCCAGUAGGUGCUUAAUAAGUGUUUGCUGCAUUGAAUUCUCUCUCCCUGUUCCUUCCCAUUUGCCCUACAGCUCCCAACCCCUUCCCCCAGCAUUUCCCUUUCUCUUUCUCUCUGGCUCCCUAUGGCUUUCUACUUUCCGUGGCUCCCAUUGUCAUCUGUCCUGUCUCUAUCUUUGUCUGUGUCUGUCUUCCCCCUCUCAACUCCUCCCCCCUAUUUCCCCAUUGAUUAAAAAAAAAAGUGCCAAACUUCCUUGGAACUGAGCCGCACUGGGGAAAGGGAACCUUGGAUGGGGGGAGGAAAUGGGACCAUCUCUCUUUGAGGAGGCCCCUAAGAGGCAUUGAAAAAGUCUGUGGACACUUAGCUAAAUUGGGUCCCCCUUCCUCACCCCUCCCAACCCAAGUUUUUCUUAGAAUCUUUAUAAGAAAAUAAAAAGACAUUAAAAAAAAACCUCCCCUUCAGCUAACCCCAACCUUUUGGAUCCCCCAAAUUCCACCAGCCGGGGAGAACCCUACUUGCCUCCUUCUGGCAAAUCUGUAGAAAUUUGGGGGUGGGGAGACAAGCUCAUCCCCUCCUCUGCUUGCCCAAGGGAUGGUGCCAGCUGGAUUGGAGAGGACCUUAAAGCACUUAUGAGAAGAAGGGGUUCAAUGUGCCAAAUUCACUUCCUUCAUCCCCCAUCUGGGGGGGCUCUGAGCCAACCUGCCCCAGCCACCUUCUUCUGCCCUGUCCCAGCCAUCUCUACAUGGGCAAGGAGGGGUUCACUGCAAUAAUUAUUAGGGAUGAAAAGGCAAAGGCCAUCCACAUGUAUCCCAAUUGGAAUUUGUUAAGCGUCAACUUACGGACAGUUGAGGACCUACCUAUACUUGGAACAAUAGGGUAUCACUUUUCUCUAAGUGGUAUUUCUUCUCCCCUUAACCCCCAAACCUCUUAAUAGGCCCUUGAUCUGUUUCUCCUGCCUAGUCCUCCAUCCCAGACCCUCCUCCUUUUGUUUUUCAUGGGUGGCCUACUGUUUGGAAAGAGAGGAUUCCCCUGCUUUGAUUAUUGCUGUUUCAAGACCAGGAUUAGAGGUUGUGAAAGACCGAGGGGGGCGGGCGGAGAAAAAAAUGUUAACCAAGAGUGGUGAUGAGGGUGGCAAUUUGGGCAUCCAGACUGCUGGUUGGGUGUACACCUAUCGCGACAGCCAGGCAGGCCUUCUCUGUUCUCCACAUACCUGCCCCCGCUGAACGAACCCCGAGGCCGGCUGUCGUGAAGGCCUGAACUAGAUGUCACGAUGGGGAGAACGGGAUCACGAUGCCCAAGUUCGGGCACUGGGGGCCUGGGACACUGGCCUACGACUCUCGUGGAGUCGCAACACCCAGCUCUGCUAUCGCGAUCCCUCUCCACCGCAGUCAGCUUUCAGCUUUCUGGACGCCACGGUGGACGGGGCUUCUCUCUGUGGUGCAGCCUCUGGUGUGUGUAAGGUCCGUCUCCGUGCCCUCCGCCAGUCGCGUUGGGGGUUGCUGGGUGGCAGGGUGAAAGAUGGGGAAAGUCUCUGUGGGGAUGGUGAAGGCUGCUGGUUUUUAACCCCUUCUCAGCCAGUCCAGGAUACUCUUGUCUCCCGGAGAUAAUUGGGGGGGACCGCCUAAUACCCCUUCCCACCCCCUCUUCCCCCCUCCCCCUCCCCCAAAACCACCAACCUCUCAUCUUCUAAGUGACUUCAUCACCACCGGCCACCGGGACCUGCGGCCUCAUUGCUCCAGCCCGCCCCACUCGACAGUCAGACUCGCUCAUCGAACUUUUUGAUUAACCCUUUCUGUGUUCAUCCCACGGAAAACUGUGUGUCCGGUGGGGGGGAGGGGGGAGGCGAGGGGCAGUCGCUACCUUUCCUCCAUCUCCUCCCACUGCCCAUGCCUGCCCACCCGCACCCAUCCCAUGCCCCACCCCCAUCCCUCACCCAAGGUCCUCCCCGCCCUGGGGAUAGAGACCCUUUAUAAAUAACGCUGUCUGGCUUUGUCCCUUUCAAAGGUGGGGCCAGGGGCGUGGCCUCCCCCAAGUGGAGCUCACUCUGGCCCCACUCCUUUCUGUGCCCCCCCCACUCUCCACCCCUUCAUUGUAAAUAGUCACUUUUGUACUGGGUUUGAGCCAGGGGACGUGGGGAGUCAUUUUUUUUCUUUGUGUUGGCAUCUCAGGCCCCUGGAGGCAUGGCCCACAUCCUGGUGUGACUUGGAAGAAUCCCAAGGUCCGUUCCCUCACCUGCCCCCACUGCUAAGGAUUUCAGGAUUAUCAGUAUUACUCCUAGAGGGAUGGGGUGCACGGAUACCCUGGCAGGGAGGUGGGAGAGGUGUGGAAAGGUGUAGUCUCACAGGAUGACUCAGUAUUCCCCAUCUAUGAAAUGGGUUCCUCCUCCAGGUUCCCUGAGGAGUCUGAGAGAGAUAAUGGUGGCAUCAGAAGAGUUCGAGUCUCUUUCCCUUUCUGUUUGGGACAGACAGGGUAGGAGAAGAAUGGGGUGGGGGUAGGGCUGGAGAACUGAUUGCUACAUCCUUAUUAGGACCUUAAGCUAGCCUCUCCCAGGCUUGUUCUCUCCCUUGGAAAAUGGGGGGACUGGAGGACCUUGACGGUCCCUUGGGCCUCCCCAAUCCUUAAAGGCCCAACCAAGCCCAGGGCUGGCCCCCUGCCCGCUACCCCAUUCCCACAUUGCAUUUCUUGGGCCCAGACCAUCUGCCAUGUGGCCAUGCCUCCAGUGCCUCCAUUCAACCCCUUCUAACUGAUUCCUUCCAUCCUCUGCAACCGGAGACGCCGCCCACCUCCCCACCACCUCCAGAAGCUCCUGGCUGGGGCCCACUGCCCUCUCCUCUCCCCUUCCCCUCAUUGCCAUGCCUGGGCCACGCCCACCCACC